UCUUCCUUGAUCUACCAACAGUUUUUCUGUUUUCAAAAUAUGUUUUGUCAUGUUUGACUGUAUGUAUGUAAUAUGUAUAUUGUUUGGUAAUAAUAAGGUAGGUUUUAGCCCCGUCCACGAAAGCCCGACGGCCGUCUCCACCUAUUUGCAGCCAUGCCAAUGUAAUUUUCUUGCAUCUGUCACUGUCCAUCUAGUAGUCAAACAAGGUGGAGGCUGGUAUUAAUGGUGCUGGUGCUGAUGACUGCGCCUUUCCCCGUAUUGCAUCCUACGCCCAUCCCCUGGACAAUUACCAUUUCAUUACCUUUGCUUUGACUUCACUGGUAUAGUUACUGCAUCUGUCUUGCCCAUUCAGAACUUGCAUAUAAAUAAGCAGGAUACUACUGCAAAAACUGGGCGUGUGUCUAACGGUGAGGCAGACUACUGACGACCAGUUGAGUCGAAAAGCUAAAAGGAGGGCGCUCUGAGGCAAAUGGGUGACACAAAACAAAAGAGCAUACUUUCGUGUUGACUAAGCGGGUAUGCCACGCAGAAUUGGUAACGAGUGAGGCAUUUUUGCGAUAGCAAAUUUCUCUCGCUGAACAUGCGUCGAAACGGGAAACACAUUUGAAAGUCUGGAUCACCGUCACACACCGUCAUUUCAUUUACAGUUUGAACAUUUUAUUUUAAGUAGCUAAACUCGCCACGAUGCAGAAUGCGGGGGAAGAUGGACCCAAAGGCUCCGACAAGGCGAACACGGCCCAGUCCGGAGAAGAUGCCACCGACAGCGAAAAAACGGGGACCCCGAAGACCCCAGGAAUAAGCGCAAUGGCCGUUCUCUGGACUUUCGGGAAAUGUAUCAGUGCCCUACUGCCAGUAUACUUAGCUGGGUAUUAUCGAAUGAGUACCAGCUUUGUGGUGUUCGGGCUUAUGGUAUAUUCCGGAUGGAAGCACUCACGCGAAGCUAAAGAGGCAAGACUGAGAUCGGCCAUCCAGUUCUUUAGCAAUGAGCAGGAAUACACAACAACGAAAAUAUUUAAAAGUAAACGGGACGUUCCUGCAUGGGUCAGUUCCUCAGAUGUUGAGAAGGUGGAAUGGCUGAAUAAGGUGCUACAGCAGGCAUGGCCAUUCAUUGGUCAGUAUUUGGAGAAGCUGUUGGUAGAGACGAUUGCUCCUGCCAUACGUGGAUCAAGCAACCACCUGCAGACAUUCAACUUCACCAAAAUCGACAUGGGAGACAAGUCCAUGAAGGUUGUUGGGGUGAAGGCUCACACAGAAAAUGACAAAGGUCAAGUUCUUUUGGACGUUUACAUCAGCUACGUUGGCAAUGUUGAGAUUAAUGUGGAAGUGAAAAGGUACUUCUGCAAAGCAGGCGUCAAGGGAAUCCAGCUACACGGAAUGAUGCGAGUCAUUUUGGAGCCUCUGAUUGGAGAUGUGCCUAUUGUGGGUGCGGUCACCAUGUUCUUCAUUCGCAGGCCUAAACUGGAUAUUAACUGGACUGGGAUGACCAAUCUGCUGGACAUUCCUGGACUGAAUGUGAUGUCAGACUCUAUGAUCAUGGACAUCAUUGCCUCCUUUCUGGUUCUUCCCAAUCGACUGACUGUCCCGCUAGUUGCUGACCUGCAUGUUGCCCAGCUCCGCAGUCCUUUGCCCAGGGGUGUUGUGCGUAUCCAUCUGUUGGAGGCUGCUGAUCUUGUUGCCAAGGACAACUUCAUGAAGGGGAUGAUAACGGGCAUGUCCGAUCCCUACGCCCUGAUAAGGGUGGGCCCUCAGUGCUUUACUUCCCGUCACGUGGACAACACGGUGUGCCCCAAGUGGGGGGAGAUGUACGAGGUUAUUGUCCAUGAAGUGCCUGGUCAGGAGUUGGAGGUGGAGGUGUAUGAUAAAGAUACAGACCAGGAUGACUUCCUGGGAAGGGCCAAGCUGGAUCUGGGCAUAGUGAAGAAAUCUAAACUUGUGGAUGAAUGGUUCCCUCUGAAGGAUACUAAGACAGGCCGUGUCCACUUCAGGCUGGAGUGGCUGACUCUGCUGGCCAACACAGACAAGCUGGAGGAGGUUAUCAAGAGGAAUUCUACAGUGCCCAGUAAAUUCAGUGAUCCUCCCUCUGCAGCGAUCUUGGCUGUGUAUUUGGAUCGAGCUGAAGCACUUCCUAUCAAGAAGGGCAGCAAGGAGCCGAGCCCUAUGGUGCAGCUCUCCGUGCAGGACACCACCAAAGAGAGCAGGACCUGCUGGAACACAGUGAACCCAGAGUGGGAAGAUGCAUUCACUUUCUUCAUUCAGGACCCUUACAAACAGGACAUAGAUAUACAGGUGAAGGAUAAUGACCGUGUCCAGUCCCUGGGCAGUCUGUCCAUCCCCCUGUCUCGCCUCCUGUCCCGUUCGGAUCUGAGUCUGGACCAGUGGUUCCAGCUGGAGAGCUCUGGGCAAGCCAGCCGCAUCUACAUCAACACAGUGCUCAGAGUUUUGUGGAUAGAUGAGGCGUAUCUUCACACGCCUCUCAGCUCCAGUGACUCCGCGGCCACCCAAGCAGCUGCUCGACCCAAGCAGACUACGCCUGAUGCCAAUUUUGCAACAGAGGGGGUGCUGCGGAUCCAUUUGGUGGGGGCUCAGAAUGUGGUUGCUAAGGACAAAGUGAUGGGGCUUAUGAAGGGAAAGAGUGACCCCUAUGUUAAAAUCCGCAUCGGAGGUAAGACCUUCAAAAGUGAUGUGAUCAAAGGGACCCUCAACCCCAACUGGAAUGAGAUGUAUGAGGUGGUCUUGACCCAACUGCCUGGACAGGAGGUCCUCUUAGAGAUGUUCGACAAGGAUAUGGAUAAGGAUGACUUCAUGGGCAGGUUGAAGAUCAAACUGAGUGACAUUAUCAGUGCACAGUAUGCAGAUCAGUGGUACACUCUGAAUGACGUGAAGUCAGGUCGGAUUCACCUGAUCAUGGAGUGGCUGCCCACAGUGUCCAAAUCAGAUCAGUUGGAACAGGUGCUGCAGCAUCAGACCCUGCAGGCGUUCCAGAACAAGGCCGUCCCUUCUGCUGCUCUGCUCUUUGUGUGUCUGGAGCGAGCUCAUGACCUGCCUAUGAAGAAGAGUGGUAAAGAACCGAAGGCUGCGGCCGAGCUUGUUCUUGGAAACACGUCCUACAAAACCAAGGUCUGUGAAAGGUCCUCCUCUCCUCAGUGGGAUGAGUCCUUUUACUUCCUGGUUCGUGACCCCAAUGAACAAAGGCUUCAGGUGAAGCUGUCGAGUAACUGGGAUCAGGCUUUGGGUUCUUUGGUGCUGCCUGUCAGAGAGCUGCUGUCUGAACCAGAGCUGAUUCUGGACCAGUGGCUUAGCCUGGAUGGAGCCCCUGCCAGCCAGAUUCUGCUUAGAGCAGAGCUCAAGAUUCUGGGCCCCAAAAUGGCCAUAAGUGAUGAACCACCAAAAGCUUCCGAGAGCUCUGUUCCGGAGAAGAAGCCAGAGGUGGACACACUUCAAGGCUCUGCAGACACUGAAAGCAGUCCCGUCUGUGUACCAGCUGCCACUCCUUCAGCUGUGACUGUGCCUGAGGAGCCACCUGCCACUGAGGUCAUUUCUGAGGGAGACCUGGAGGUCAGUCGUGCAGUUGACCUUCGACCUCAACAGACCACCCCUGACCCCAGGUUUGGGACUGAGGGCGUGUUGCGUAUUCACCUGAGGGAGGCCCAGAAUCUGGUGGCCAAAGACAAAGUGAUGGGACUGGGCAAGGGUAACAGUGACCCGUAUGUGAAGAUCCACAUUGGGGACACAACUUUUAAGAGUCAAGUUGUCAAAAAGAACCUGAAUCCUACCUGGAAUGAGAUGUAUGAGUUGGUUCUGGUCCAAAACUCCUGUCAGGAGAUCCUGUUUGAGCUCUUUGACAAAGACAUGGAUAAAGAUGACUUCCUUGGGAGGUUGAAGAUCAGUAUGAAUGACAUUGUACAGGCCCAGUACACAGACGAGUGGUUCACCCUGAGCGACGUGAAGUCGGGCCGUCUGCAUCUCACCGUCGAGUGGAUGUCCACUGUAUCUCAGCCAGAAGGACUCGAGAAGGUGCUGCAGCUGCGCUCUCUCCAGUCCUUCCAGAACAAGGCUGUGCCCUCAGCUGCCCUGCUCUUUGUGUACCUGGAGAGGGCCCAUUCGCUGCCCCUGAAGAAGAGUGGCAAAGAACCAAAACCCGCCGCUGAGAUUGUGCUUGGAGGGAUGUCCAGGAAAACACAAGUGUGUGGUCGCUCAACUGCCCCUCAGUGGGAGGAAGCUUUUCACUUCCCGGUUCAUGACCCCACGGAAGACAUUCUCAUUAUCAAGCUGUCGAGUAACUGGGAUCAGGCUCUGGGUUCUUUGGUGCUGCCUGUCAGAGAGCUGCUGUCUGAACCACAGCUGGUUCUGGAUCAGUGGUUCAAGCUGGAUGGCGCCUUAGACGACAGUCAGAUUCUACUCAGAGCUGAACUCAAGAUCCUGGAGUCCAAGGUGGCAGAGAGCGCAGUUGUUGAAGAGGUGUCGGCCGAAGUUCCAGAUCACGCUGUGGGUGAGGAGGGCGAGGAGGAAGAGGAGGAAGAGUUAAGGGAGGCAGCUGAGACGGCCGCCCCUACAUCUGGUGACGGGCUGCAUCAGCUGCCAACUGAGAGCGAACCUGAAACUUCUUCCCUAUACAGUGAACCUGAGGAGAUAGCACUUGCUGAUGUCAUACAAGACCCAACACCUAUGCAGACCAUUCUUAACCCAACUCCAGAGGUAGAAGAUUUCAGCCAACCCCAAGACUUCUCAAACAUGAUUGGCAGUAACAGUGAGGACAUGGAGCCAAUCAGAGAAGCACAACCUGCCACAGCAGCCAGUGAGGAGCCAUGCCCACAGGAGCCUGUAGAAGAGCCAGAGGAACCGUCUUAUGAGAAGCCUAUCCCCAGCGCUCCGCUCCCAGCUCCCUCUGCUCCUGAGGAAGUCUCUGAGGUCACCAGUCCUCCUGCCCUCCACCAUCAACAGACCUCCACUCCCGUUGGCUUUGGCACUGAGGGGGUGCUGCGGAUCCACCUGUUGGAGGCUCAGAACCUGGUGGCCAAAGACAAAGUGAUGGGGAUGGGGAAGGGGAAGAGUGACCCCUAUGUGAAGAUCUACAUUGGGGACAUGACCUUUAAGAGUCAUGUGAUCAAGGAGAACCUCAACCCCACCUGGAAUGAGAUGUAUGAGCUGGUUCUGAAAGGGAACAUGAACCUGGAUGUGAAGUUUGAGGUCUUUGACAAGGACUUGGAUUCGGAUGACUUCCUUGGAAGGUUUAAGCUCCGGUUGAGUGACAUCAUCAACUCUCAGUUUACAGACCAGUGGUACACUCUAAAUGACAUCAAGUCUGGCCAGGUCCACCUGCUGCUGGAAUGGCUGCCGACUGCAUCAAAUGCUGAUAAGCUGGACCAGGUGCUGCAGCUGCCCUCUCUCCAGUCCUUCCAGAACAAGGCUGUGCCCUCAGCUGCCCUGCUCUUUGUGUACCUGGAGAUGGCCCAUUCGCUGCCCCUGAAGAAGAGUGGAAAGGAGCCAAAGCCAGCCGCUGAGCUUGUCUUGGGUGGAAAGGGCUACAAAACAAAGGUGUGUGAUCGAUCCACCUCCCCUCAGUGGGGUGAGGCCUUUUACUUCCUGGUUCAUGAUCCCAAGCAGGAUAUGCUUAUCAUAAAGCUGUCGAGUAACUGGGAUCAGGCUCUGGGUUCUUUGGUGCUGCCUGUCAGAGAGCUGCUGUCUGAACCACAGCUGGUUCUGGAUCAGUGGUUCAAGCUGGAUGGCGCCUUAGACGACAGUCAGAUUCUACUCAGAGCUGAACUCAAGGUCUUGGAGUCUAAACUGACUAACACUGCAGUGGCAGCAGGAGCUCUGCCCAGAGGUAAAGAUGUGGCGAGCUGCGGGCAAGUGAAGCUCUCCCUCUCUUGCGGAGCCAAGGAGAAGAAACUCUGUGUCACCGUCCAUGGCUGCAGGGGUCUGGUGGCCUCAUCCAAGGACAUCAUGGACACCUACAUCUCUCUUAUUCUGCUGCCAGAUAAAAGCAAGGCUACGAAGAGAAAGACUGGUGUUAAGAGGAGAGAUCUUAACCCAGAAUAUAAUGAAAGGUUUGAGUUUGAUCUCUCUCUGGAUGAAGCGAAGCACAGGACUCUCUGCGUCUGUGUGAAGAACAAUGCCGCGUCCUUCAUGAGCAGAGACAAAGAUGUUGUCGGGCAGGUGCAGAUUGAACUGGGCCAGAUCGACCUACUUGCAGGCGUGACAGAAUGGUUUGACCUGGGGGAAGAGCAGUGAAGCGGUACAUUUCGGCCCCUUCAAAUCAGUCCUGCAGUCCAAACUUCUGUGUUAUACAAUCAGGGCACCUUAUAUCACCAACGCCUCCCUUCUUGCCUCACUCGCCACCAUGUUGUUUUGUGUGUAACACUUAUCUAAAUCUGUGGGUACAGAUU